AUGGGCGAAACUCCAUCCGCCAAAAAUCGACCCAUAGUCAUAGCCGUUAAACUGUAUGCCAGAGUGUUGGCGGAAAGGCUUUUCAAAGUCGGGGCUAUAAUAGGAAGUAUGGCUCGCAUUAUAUUGAUUGAAAAGAAACAUAAAACAAAAAGGACCAAGAAAAUUGCUGGUAAAGCCACAAAUCUGCUUUUGAGCAAAGGGCUGAAUGGAUUAAUCUCUAACCCCAUUUUACCAAUCAGUAUAGGAACAGAGGAUUUCCUAUCUUUCUUGACUUCGGCGAUUUCUAUCUCAUUUUCUUUCGAGGAAGAGUCGGGAGAAACCUUGACAGUUCCUAAAUUUUUGUCAAAUCAAGGAAUGGACCCCAACACGCUUAUUAAAACAAAGAAAAAGGCGAAAAAUAAAACUAACUUCCUUCUUCAAUUAAAAGUGGGAAUCUUUUCUGACUUAACCUCCUUGACUGGCAGGACAAUUGUGCGAAAUAAGACUCCUUCGGUGCCAGUAAAUUCAUACUUCCAAUCACUCCCACUAUCGUACCACCUCAAAGACAAAUCACUGAGGAAAAAAUGUCAAAUCCCAUGGCUAGCAAGAGGGGAACCAACAAAGGAUAAAAAUGAAGAAAUUCGUCAGCCCAUCAGAAAUUUGAAGCCAAAAGGGAAGCAGCAACAAAAAGCGAAAGCAAUGAUAGAUAAACCAUUUCCAUCAAACGAAAGAGUCGUUUUAGUUGACUCCCAUAUAGCCGGAAAAACCUCAGUUAUUCCGAUUGGAUUCUUGGCUAUUGCUGGAAAUCAUGAGGCUACUAUUAAUGCAACAAAGACAAGUAGAUAG